CGACUUCUCUCGGUGGUUUGGGCGGAACGUCCAGAGCCCGAUCGCUGUUUCCUCUCCCGGCACUUCCGAGGCGGGAGCCUUCCCCCAGUUCACUUUCCUUCGUCCCACUGAGGGGCGGGGCCAAGGCCUGGACUGAUUAGUUCUCUGCUCGCUCUCUCGGCUCGGUCACAGCGAUGGCGUUAGCGGUGCGACUGCGCGGACUUCUCCCCUCCAUUCGCAUGGGGCUCCCGGCCACGGCGAGAGCCGAGGCCGCGGGCUGCGGGCGGCGGGGCAGUCCCCGCUUUUGGCUAGGUGGCAGCGAGAUUCUUGGAAAUGCUGUAGUUUUCCACAGGGGCCUUAUAAUCUCAGCAUUAUCUUAUGUGGGCUUUGAAACUUAUCAACUAAUUUCUCAAUCUGCUGUGGUUCAUGCUGAAGUCAAUGUUCAAGAAAUCCUUGAAAAAGCAGACUACCUAUAUGGCAGUGGAGAAAUAGAAAAGCUUUAUCACUUGUUAGCUCAAUAUAAACAAAGUGAGGAUGCAGAGUUGCUAUGGCGUCUGGCACGGGCAUCCCGAGAUAUAUCUCAACUUAGCACUACCUCUGCGGAAGAUAAGAAACGGCUGGUAUAUGAAGCUUUUGCCUAUGCAAAAAAAGCACUUGAAAAAAAUGAAUCAAGUUUUGCAGCUCACAAGUGGUAUGCCAUCUGUAUCAGCGAUGUUGGGGAUUAUGAGGGCAUCAAGGUUAAAAUUGGAAAUGCCUUCCUUAUCAAGGAACAUUUUGAGAGAGCAAUUGAACUGAAUCCUAAAGAUGCCACUUCAAUUCACCUUAUUGGUGUUUGGUGUUACUCGUUUGCUGAAUUGCCUUGGUAUCAAAGAAAUAUUGCUAAAGUAUUGUUUGCAACUCCUCCCACUUCCACAUAUGAAGAGGCUCUAAAAUACUUUCAAAUGGCAGAACAAGUGCAUCCAAACUUUUACAGCAAAAAUUUGCUUUUCUUGGGAAAGACUUAUCUGAAGUUAAAAAACAAAAAGCUUGCUGCCUUCUGGUUAUUGAAAGCCAAGGACUACCCAGCUCACACAGAGGAGGACAAGCAGGUACAAAAAGAAGCUGCCCAGCUGCUUAAAUCUGUUGGUGAGAAGAAUUGAGAACUUGACUCUGAAUAAAGCAGCACAUGGAAGAUUUCUAAUAAAUGUCUUUUAAUUGAAUUAAUUGUCUCACAUCCAGCCCAGCUAACUAUCAGUAACUGAUGAGCAAGGCAGGUGUUAGGCAUUUCAGCUUCAGUCUUGACAAGAAAAUCAACCCUUGAUAACGGGAAAGGUAACCUGUAUGGAAUGGUACUGAGACAGAAUAGAAGUGCUUACUGUCCAAGUAAUGGUUUUUCAGUGGAAAUUCCAUCCAUAAUCAUUUAGGGGCACGUGUGAGAAGUGCUAUAUAAGAAACAACUUGAGAUACAAUCAGUUAACCAAAAAAGAUCUGGAAAAUAAUCAUCAAUAAUCAUUUAUUAAAUGCCUACUGCAUGCCAGGCACUGUGCUAAGCACUGAUUGCAGCUAAAGUGGUGCUUUUGAUUCACAAGACUUUUGUCAACAAAUACUAACUAGUGCUGACAAUUCUAGUUGUCUUCCAUUUUAAGUAUAUAAUCUUAAUUGUGUAACUAUUAAAUAUUGUUCAUUAAUAAAUCAA